AAGUGGCAGCAGGCGCGCGGCGGCAAGCUGGAGAGCAGCAAGGUCGAGGUGAAGCCGGUCAAGCCGCUGCGCGAGAUGCAGGUGCCGCGCCUGGCGCACAACCUCUCGCGCGUCCUCUUCAACCCGGGUGUGCACUGGCUGCGCGAGCCGCGCACGGGCAUCUACAAUUUCGACCCGGCACUGCGGCACAUCGCCGACGUGGACCUCUUCGACUACGACUCGCUGCCGCCCUACGUCACCUCCUCGGCGGACCCAGAGCUGGCGAAGAUUACGAAGCGCGAGAGUGCCCGCUACAGCGGCAGCACGUCCAGUCUCACCGGCGCCCUUUCGCAGAUCUACUUCCACCUCUCGCACUGGCGUCGGCCAGACUUCAGCGGCUUCUCCGAGGGCUUUGCGGGCCAGACGCGCGACUUUGGCGCCGGCGCGCGGCUGCCGGCGUCGAUCCGGCUGCGCAAGACGAGCGCCGAGGGCGAGGCGCCGCGCUAUGCCGUCGACCAGGACAAGUCGGCGAGCGGUGAGGCCGAGAACAGCAACUACAUCCUCACGCAGCUCGGCAAGGCGCUCGAGAACUUCUUCACCAAGUCGCCGGAGGAGUACGCCAAGCACCUGCGCGUCAACUCGCACAAGCUUACGCCCGAGGAACGCUCGCGGCCAGAGGCGUACCACUACGCCCGCGCACGCAACCUCGUGAUGCGCUCGCAGCUCGACUGCUCCGACGAGCGUCUGCCGCGCCGCACGUUCGACCUCAAGACGCGUGCCGUCGCUGCCGUGCGGCAGGACCGCGCCAACUGGGUCGAGGCCGGCGGCUACGCCAUCCGCCAGCUGGAUGGCGCGCACGAGAGCUUCGAGCGCGAGAUGUACGACCUCGUGCGCUCGGCGUUCCUCAAGUACUACUUCCAGGCGCGCAUCGGCCACAUGGACGGCAUCUUCCUCGCCUAUCACUCGACGUCGAGCAUCUUUGGCUUUCAGUACGUGCCGCUCGAGGACAUGGCGCGGCGCCUCUUCGGCGACACGGACAUGGCCGAGCAGGCCUUCCGGCUCAGCGUCGCGAUGCUCGAGGAGAUCCUCGACGCCGCCACCGACUUCUUCCCCGACGAGCCGCUCAAGAUCACGCUGGACACGUCGCCGGGGCCUCGGAGCCUGAUGGACGUCUUCAGCGCGUCAGACGCUGACGCUCCCGCCGCCGAGCCUUCCGUCAGCGCACCGCGCACCAUCGUGCAGCUGCAGGUGCUGCUCGACCGCUAUCUCGACGGGCAGCUCGUGCAGGGCCCCGUCGACUUCUCUGCUGCGGCCGGCCGGCGUGUCGAUGCCCGCAGCGACGACGAGCCGUCGCGCCGGGCGCGUGCCGAGCUGCCACCUGUCCAAUGGGAUGUCGAGUGGGCCAUCUCGCCGUGUGCAUCUCUCAGUGAGGCGGACAUCCGCGAGAACCUGGCCAAGGUGCGCGCGCGGCAGAGCAUCUUCAACGAGCUCUCGCUGCCCAACAUCGACUCGCUCAAUGCGCGCGACGAGGAGCGUCUCGAGGAGCUGGCUUCAAACCCCGAGGCGCUGGCGCGCUUCAAGGCCGAGCGCGCCGCCGGCACGGCUGCCGGCAUGCCCACGGCGCCGGGCCAGACGAGCGAGGCCAAGCCG